AUGUCCUGUCCAUGCCUCUACGACCCUCGCAACGCCGUCAUCGACAAGCCCCAGACCCCGCGCAUAGUGCGACAGGUCUCGCAGCGGACGAACGACGCGCGGGCCCCGUUGCCCGGGGGGUUGAGCCGAACAAGCGGAAGCAUCGAGCAUAAGACAGCCUCGCCGACGAAAAGCACCUCCCUCCCCAGGAACAGCCACGGCCGAAGCACCGCCCUCCCGCCCAAGGGCAUCCUGAAACAUCCGACGAAACGAUUCCCGUUUGAAGAGGCGGCCGGGCAGCGCUCGUCGGUUCUUCGGUUCGAGGUGGGCAAGCUGUCGACGGAGUUCGUGCUGGACGAGGAUAUGGUCGAGGUGCAUGCGAAGCGGAGGGGAGGGAAACAGCCCCGGGAUUCGAUGGUGGUGGUGGACGAGGCGCGGACGCGAGCGAGAAGGCGGUUUCUGGCGGAGAAGGGAUCCCGGGAGGCUCUUCUGGGAGAGAGCGAUUGA